AUGAAUAAAUUGUGGCGAAAUACCUCGUGUCAUAUCUGGGCCACUACAUGUUUACGGUUGCACGUACGUCGUUUAUCGGCACAUGAAAUCCGUUUAUCGUUUUUAGAAUAUUUUAAAGAACAUGAUCACACAUAUGUGCCUUCUUCAUCCGUUAUUCCGAAAGAUGACAGUUCGGUUGCAUUUGUUAAUGCCGGAAUGAAUCAGUUCAAGCUACUUUUCCUGGGUGCUAAAUAUACGGAAGGCAAAUUUGCUGCUUUGCGUAAUGUUGUUAAUUGGCAAAAAUGUAUUCGUAUUGGUGGCAAACAUAAUGAUUUCGACGAUGUUGGCCAUGAUUUAACGCACCAUACAUUUUUUGAAAUGCUUGGAAAUUAUUCUUUUGGUGGUUAUUCGAAGGCAGAAGCAUGUCUAUAUGCAUGGAGCUUUCUCACGGAUGUCCUCAGAGUACCGGCUGAUCGAUUAUAUAUUACAUAUUUUAGUGGAGAUGAAAAUAUGAGAUUGAAGGAAGAUCGUGAAUGCCGCGAUAUCUGGAUUAAAUUAGGUGUUCCCGAAGAUCGUGUUCUUGGCUUUUGUUCUAAUCAUAACUUUUGGGAGAUGGCUGAAACGGGUCCAUGUGGUCCGUGCACGGAAAUUCAUUAUGAUCUUAUUGGUAAUCGAAAAGCACAAAAACUUGUGAACUCAAAUGAUCCAACAGUAGUUGAAAUUUGGAAUCUUGUUUUUAUGCAGUUCAGCAGGGAUCUGUUAGGCAGGAUCAGUAGUUUACCAACGUUGUACAUAGAUUGCGGAAUGGGUUUCGAGCGAUUAGUCAGUAUUGUCCAAGGGCUGCAAUCUGCCUAUGAUACCGAUCUUUUUCUUCCGUUGAUGAAAAUUAUUCAUAAGUACUCCAAAGUCGGAGAAUAUGGUGGACGAUUGGGAGAUAUCGAUACAGCGUAUCGGAUUAUCGCAGAUCAUCUCCGCGCUGCUUGUAUUAUGAUUUCAGACGGUGUUGAACCUGGUUCACGAAAUCGAGGGCUACAGUCAGUUCCAAAUCUUCAAAUGUUUCAAUAGUAUCAUCUUCGACGGGUUUUGCGGCGUGCUGCAUUGAAUUUAAGCCUUACGCUUGGUGCAGAACGUGGGACACUAACAUCUCUGGUGCCUGGUUUCACUUUACUGUACGAUAGUGUCGCAAAAUGUGAAACUGUAAUAGCUAAAACGAUCAUGUCUGAAGAAGAAUUAUUUUGGAAAAGUUACGAUAAAGGCAGCAAAUUACUUGAGGAUAAUAUUGCAUCUCAUCAACAUAUGCUGCCAGGAGAAAUUGCAUGGAUGUUAUCAGGAACUUACGGUCUUCCAGUGACAAUAACUCAAAAGAUAUGCAAUGAAAAAGGGUUGAAAGUUGAUAUGGAUGGCUUUUAUCAAUGUUUGAUGAAGUUUCAGAGAAGUCAAAAAGCCGAGGAGGAACCUUGGCAAAAAGUCGAUUUAGAAGAAAUGAUAUUGAAUGGUGUAAAACCAACCAAUGAUUCAGAAAAAUAUGAUUGCGAACGAAUCGAAUUGGGCAAAUACGAAUUUCCGAGCAAAAUAGGUACUGUUAUGGCAGUCUUUGAUGUCAACGGUAAAAAUGUAAUGGCGCUUAAAGCAGGGGAAAUGGGGUCCGUGAUCAUGGAUUCGACGGUUUUUUUUGCUGAGCAAGGAGGACAGUUGUACGAUGCAGGGACCCUCCGAGAUAGUUUAGAUAACGUUAUAUUUACUGUGAAUAGUGCGAAAAGACGAAAUGGUUAUAUUAUCCAUACAGGGAAAGUGGCAGACGGCGAAACUUUGAAAAAGGGUCUAAAAUUGGUGCAAAUGAUAGACACUAAACAACGGUUUUCGCUAAUGUGUGGCCAUACUGCUACCCAUAUUCUUCAUUUUGCUCUUGAAAAAGUACUUGGUAUGUCAAUUCGUCAGAUGGGUUCAUUUAUUGGUCCUGAUAAGCUGUAUUUUGAUUUUUUUGCCCUUGACAAAAAGUUCACUCUUGAACAAAUUGAAAAAGUCAUGACAACGGUGAAUAUGAUUAUUAAAAGUAACUUAAAUGUUACGGUGAAAUACAUUUUGAAAGAAGAAUUGGGUUUUAUGCACAAGAAUUUCUCUGCAUUCGACAUUUCACAGGAAUCAGCCUUCGAUGGCUCAUAUCGGAUUGUUACGAUUGAAAGCUCGCGACUGUUAGGUGAAGAUAUCAUCGAACCAUGUUGUGGGACGCAUGUUUCUAACACAGGUGAUAUUGGUGAAUUUGUAAUAAUUGGCCAAAAAUCACGAAGCGGCAAUGUGCGUCGAAUCUACGCAGUAACAAACAGCGCUGCUAUAGAAAGCAUUCAUAACGCGACGAAGCUCACAGAUAAACUGUCUCGUGCGUUGAGCGGCUUUAAUGAAACGUUCAUCGAUACGCAUGGCCUUGUGGAAGUUGGUAAUUUAUGA